GUUGAAAAUAACUAACGGAGAGAGGGGUACCAAUAAAGGACAAACGCCGAUUUUGUUUCUGAAGCAAGCCAGCCCCAUCCUCCUUCCCUCUCUAAUUAUUAAUGGAGGCACUGGAUUCUUUGGGAGAGCCUAAUAUCAAUGAUGUCGAAGAAGAAGAAGAAGAAGAAGUUCACUAUGCUUCUGGGCCCGCAUCCAAAUUGCAACCCAGGGCGGUUGUGUCCAAGGCUCGCUGGAAUGAUGAGAUGGGCAUGGCUCAGGUCGUAGUUCAGAAGGGCACAUUUUCCAAGUCUACUGGAAUUGUUCGUAGUGGCAACCUCUAUUACUCCAUUGAGGAAGUUCUGUUUUUGGUUGAAAUUGGGGCUUUAGUUCUCUUGGAUGAGAGUGAUACUGGCCUUUCCUUGGAAGAUGUAUAUGUGAAUAUGUCAGGUGGCAAGUAUGGAUGCUGUUGGGAGGAAUUUCGAGCUUAUAGGCAACUCAAAUCUCUUGGUUACAUUGUUGGGCGUUAUGGUAUUCCCUGGUCUAUGAAGAAGGCUAAGAGUAAUUGUGAAUCUAUUUCUUCCCAAGGUUGUCCUGACAGUGACGAGGCGGUGAACUUGGAAUCAGAAGAGAUCAGGUCUGUCAUUGGAUUGUUCAAUGAGAUGCAGAUUAAUGAAGCCAGGCCGGUUUUUAAUGUGUAUCUACCUAACAGCAAGUUCAGGAAGUCUUCUCCCGGUGAUCCAUGCUUUGUGCUCUGUUUUACUAGCUUCAUGCAAACAUAUGAAGCCAAUUCUUUCGCAAAGGUUUUGCAGAGUAGCAGCAAACGGGGAUAUCCGCCAUCCAGAGCAGAGCUUGAAGCCCUCGAGGGACAAUGUAGGAGCAUUCCUUUGAAGUUUUGUAAUGUGGAGCAGGGACGGGUGAGUUUCUUUUCCUUUGACAAGGUUGAACUUCCUAUCCUAGAUUGACAUUUGGAGUUCAUUUCGUUAUGUACCGAGUUAAAAGAUCCAGCAACAAGAUAUUGACAAUUUUCUCUUGGUCGUGUAGGGAUAGGUUAGCGUAUGACAUUGUUGUCAAAAACAUAUAAUUAUCUAUCAGCUAAUAAAAUAAAGCCAACCAGUUUUCACCUUUUAUUACUAUAAGCA